AUGGCAGGCACAGCAAAGCGUACUCGUCAACAGGACGAGAACCCGGCGUCGACCUCAUCCUGUCCCCCACCCAGCGGCCCCUCUUCUUCCACCCCUACAAGGCAGACCAGCUCGGGUGCUACGCCUACACCUACGCCCCCACGAACGCGUGCCAGUUCUGUCUCGCGUCGACCUGCCACCCGCAACCACCCAAGCAGCGGCUCAAAUUCCCCAUCGAUUUUGACACGGAGCACCAACUCUGCCCUGUCACUAUCAUCCUCCACCCUGUCAUCAGCGCGUGGAGGAAAUUUGGCAAAUGGGAGCUCGUUUGGUGGUCCCCGGCCCUUUCCAGCCGGUCCCAGCACACGGUCCGCUGGUCCCAGCAUGCUCCAGCGAACCCAGUCUACUCCCGUCAUUUCGAGCCCAUCUCAGAUCAAGUCUGCGGCUGGAUCUGGUGCCCCUGAACAGCCCCCCAAGGGCGACAGUGACGGCCUAGGUCUGGGUGGGAGGCGCUUUGGCAACGGCAAGGAAAAUAUUCCACCAAAGAGAGACGAAGAGCGACAAGCAGAGCCGGCCAAGAAGCGCAUGCGAGUCACCAGCAGAGGCAGCUACAACGGUGGACGAAGGCAGCGUAGUGGGAGUGUGACCAGUGUCCGCAGUGAGACCACCAGCAGUGGACGGCAUUCCUCACUCGCCCCCUCGCUCUCAUCUUCAUCCUUGGGAUCUUGGGGAGGUCGUUUCUCAUCGCCUGCACCCUCCGUCGCCUCUUCAUCAUCCUUCUCUCUUGACGCUGUCAGACCUCUCGAUCGCCUCUCCGUCUUGGACAAUGAGGACGGCACCACCAACUUUUCGGGGGUCAAGCACCGCCCUAUCACUCGGAGCAUUGCAACGAUGCUCCCUACACCUCCCCCCUCUACUCCCCCUGAAGACGAAGAUGUCAUACUCGACCCGGGAGAUGUUAGCGACACAGAAACCGAGAAGGCGCCCAAUAAUCCCUAUAAGCAAUUGAAGGCGUCUCUUCGGUACUCGUCUAUCAUUGGUGCGUCUGUCGAUGACACUAUCAUAGGCAGGCAGCAGGAGAAGCUUGUGCUCAGAGAGUACCUGGGAGAAGCUAGCGACGAGGACGUAGGAAUGUAUGUCUCGGGGCCGCCUGGGACUGGCAAAACGGCACUCGUCACGGCUCUGGGCAGGGAGAUGGCUGGCGAAGGCUGGAAGGUAGUGGAACUUGUCUGCAUGGGCAUGAGACCGCAGGAUGUAUGGAGGACUAUCGGUACGGAGCUGGAGUGCGGAAGGACCGAGAAAGAAGUAAAGGAGUUUGUCUCUCGGGAGGAUACCAAGGUUAUGAUCAUCCUCGACGAAGUGGACUCGCUCAUGCCUCCACCUCCUGCCACCGCUCCCCCUUCGGUAUCUCAUCUCCUCGCCAAACUCUUCUCUUUACCCUUGAAGUCUCCCUUCACAAAGCUCGUCGCCAUCUCCAACACCCUUGACUUGACUAUUCGAGCGAAUCUCGUCCUUCCUGACAACCUCCAGCCCACCGUGCUCCCAUUCCAAGCCUAUGGUCAGCUCGAUAUGAGCGCCAUCGUCAACGCUCGUCUUGCCUCUGCUGGUGUGGAGGCCGUCAAGGUUGAUACUACCGCUAUCACCCUUUUGGGCAAGAAGGUAGAGGCUCAGAACGGUGACCUUCGCAUGUGCCUCGGCGUCCUCAUCUCAGGGAUCUCCUUGGCCGAGUCUGAGUGGAUCAAGAAGAUCUCUACCGCCGCCAAAGACCCCGAGCCGAAGCCUGUCACCAUGCCCAAAGUCGGAGUCUCUCACGUCAUGAAGGCCUUGACCAGCUACACCUCUCGGCUUCGUGCUGCUGCAGGGUCUUCUGCUGGGGCAUCAUCCGCGGCGGGGAAGAAGAUCAAGUCGGUGGGGCUUCAGGGAAAGAUGGUGUUGGUUGCCAUCUUGGUGUGGAUGGUGAGGGUCAAGUCCGGGCUGAAUGGAUGUCCUUCCGUCAGCGGGUCGGGCUCUUCCACACCUUGUAGUGAUAUCUCGGCUUCCGCUCUCUACACCGCCUACUCUCAUAUCCUCUCCCAUCACUCGUCCCCUUUCCCUCCAGCCCCCGAGUCAGACUACCGCGACCUCCUAUCCAAUUUGGAAGUUCUUGGCCUCAUCGCCGUUGUUUCCCCUUCCUCUUCCACACGUUCAUCUUCACAUUCUGGCAACAGAAUCAGCUUGAUCAUGAAGGAGGAGGAAAUCAAAGAAGGUCUUGGGCUGGGAGAGGGAACGGCUGCGAAAAGUGCUGUAGGGGAGGAGGAGGUGAGACGGGUUUGGGAAAGGGAGGAGGGCAAGGUUAGGCGUGUCCGGGAUAAGAUGGCGAUGGCAGCGAGCGCGGAAGAGGACUAG